AUGGCUUGCUGUGUCUUUACCGCAUACAUCAUGAGCCGCAUCAUCAAGGCGUGCGAGCUCUUCGACAUUCGUCUCCUGGAGAUCAAGUACAACGACUCCGACCCAGAGCCCUCUACUCCCCCCAGCUUCCAACCAUACAUCACCCAGGGCAGGCAGGUACCAAUAGCCGCACUCAGCGCUGACAACACCGUACACGAAGGGGAGGAGUCUCAAUCUGAGCUACUAUCAACCGUUCGCCUCCUGAUCACAGGAAUGACCUGCUCGGCCUGCGUAUCGACCCUGAGCCACGCAUUAACGUCCGUUCCAGCUGUCAUCCGGACUAACGUGUCUCUACCGCUUUCACGAGCAACGGUAAUUUAUAACACGGCCACUACGUCGAUACAGGACUUAAUUUUGGCUAUUGAAGGUGCAGGUUACGAGGCUGAGGUGCUCGGGCAACACAAUCGUGGUUCUGCUGCUCAGAAUCUCAAACUGGUCCGGAGGGAAGAAGAGCUGCAAGCUCUCAAGAAGGCCUUUAAUGGCGCAGCAACGUGGGCUACAGCCAUCUCAGUCAUCGAAUGGAUGAGGAAGGUUUCUAUAACUACCAAACUUGGAAGCAUAUUGGAUCCAUAUCUCCGCUUUCUAAAUCUUGCCAUCGGAUGCUACAUUCAACUAUCCCACGCAGAUUGGAUCCAUCGAAACGCAUGGGCCAGAUGUUUCUCCCGACGACGGAUUCAGCUUCCAAGCCUAUCCAUGGACACCCUCUUGUCUCUGUCGAUUUUGCUAAGUAUAUUCCUCUCUUUCUUCAAUAUCGCCCUCCAUGGUCUCUGUGAUGUCCGUACGAGGACUUAUUUCUCCUCUGCAUCGUUUCUCGCGGCGGUCAUCAGUGGAGGGCGGUAUCUUGACGUGAGUCUGCGGAGGCAGGGCGCAGCUGGGCUUGCCCGCCUCUUUCGGUUGCAGCACGAGGUGGAAUCGGAGACAGUGAUGGUGGAGGGACGGUUGGAAGAACGUGAUGACAGGUCGAUUAAAGAUGAUGCGGCCAUUUUGACUCCGGUUCCCACGACUCUGCUGGCGCCGUUGGACAUAUACCAUGUUGCGCCUCACAGUCUCAUUCCUUGCGACAGUUACGUCGUGCGUGGCUUCUCUUUGGUGGAUGAGGCGAGCAUGACUGGCGAGUCACUACCAGCCCGCAAAACCGUUGGCGACUUUCUCAUGUCUGGGACUCGCAACUUGUCCGCUGGGCUCGUUGCUAUCGUCCUAAAAGACCAAGCCCAGUCCAGUCUAGAGAGCCUUGUUGAAAGCGUGGAAGCAGCAACAGAGAUGAAAUAUAAUUCAACACAGAGGGGCGAGAGUCCAGACGAACAGCCGGGAAGAGCGAUGGAGGAUAUUAUCACGGAAUAUUUCGUCGCAAGCAUUCUUAUGCUGACAUCAAUCUGGUUCAUAUGGACAUUUGGUCUCUCGGCAGACUCGAUACCGAUCACUGAUCGACUGAAUAUUGCAUCUGAACGGGCGAUGGCUAUUCUGGCAUCAGCUUGUCCAUGUGCCAUUGGACUGGCAACACCUUCAGCAGUCAUGGCUGGUAUCGACGCGGCGUACGCAUGCGGAAUUCUUCUCCCCGGCGGUGUGGAUGCUUUCAAAAGGCUGUCUCGCCUGACACAUGUCGUAAUGGACAAGACAGGAACUUUAACAGAAGGUAAACUGCAGAUCUCAGAUGAGUUCUUCGCAGAGCCGUUCAAAGGCGAUCCGACCAAAAAGGAAUUAUGCUAUCAACUCUUGAGCGCGGCGGAGAGAGAGGUCUCACAAACGCACCCAGUCGCAAGGGCGGUGUUUCAGUGGUGUGUCAAACAAGUUCUUGCAGCGUCACGACUGGAGGAAGGUCGAGAACUCCUGACCGAGCCAGGUGCUGCAGCUGUCAGAAACGUCUCAAGCGUCACAGGAAAGGGUGUGCAUGCAGAAGUUCAGGGCAAAGCCAAGGUAUGGUACGCUGUGCACAUUGGCAGCGAGCGUUUUCUAUCCGAGAACGACAUUUCCAUCGCACCAGCCGCCUCAGCCGAAUUGGGAAAGGUUAAAGGCACGACUGAGGUCCAUUUUGCCAUUGAUGGCAAGUAUGCAGGCUCAUUCACGCUGCAAGACAGUAUCCGCCCCGGCGCCCCUGACGUUAUUGAGUCGUUGAAGUCGCUUGGGCUCAAAAUGACUAUGCUCACUGGCGACUCUGAGGCUGAGGCACACCGAGUCUCGUCACAGCUGCAGAUUCCGGUUCUGGCAGCCAAAUCUCUCCCUCACGAGAAAAGAGACUUGGUGGUCUCACUGCAGUCACCGCCAGUUCCGCAGUCUUUUCCAUCGGAAAACAUGGCUGAGUUGAAGUUAGGUGUGAAUGAUGGGUUUAGUAUGCGGAGGCUCUUUAGCUCCACCUUACAACAGUUGUUUUCUAGGAAAGACGACAGAAAUGUUGUUGCGAUGCUCGGCGACGGUCUGAACGAUGCACCAGCCCAAGCUGCUGCGGACGUUGGCAUUCUGUUCUCACUCUCGCCCUUGUCUGGGCGUCUUUCUGAUUCGGCACCCUCACUCGCACUGAGAAGAUGCGCCGCGGAUGUGGUCAUCAUGACACCUGAUCUCGCGGCCCUGCCGAAGCUGAUUACAAUCGCCACCAAGACCAUGGCUCAAGCGAGGUGGAAUAUGUACUGGGCGGUCCUCUACAAUGCCUUUGCCAUUGCAUUAGCGAUGGGCGCUAGCGAUUUGAUGGGGUUCGGGCCUAUCGAUGCAUCCACCGCUGGCACAAUGAUGGCAUUUUCGAGCAUCACGGUCCUGGGCAUGAGCUUAGAUCUGCGCCGACGAUUGCAAUAA